AUGUACACUAUGGACAAUAUUAACACUAUGGACAAUGUGGAAAAUGUGGAGAGUGUGGAGGGUAUGGCAUUGGAGGGUGAGAGUGUGAGGCGUAAAUUCUUCUUUUAUUUCUUCUUGGCUGUGGUUUUUGUCUUCUUUUUUAUUGUCAACUUUUUACCCUACGAUCCCGACAAUCUCACCCUCAACCUCAAUCUCAUCAACUCAUACUACCACGGGACCUAUCAACUAUGUCUACACAAUACUAAUACUAAUAAUAGUGUUAACAAUAUUAAUAGUGGGAAUAGUGGGAACAGUGUUAACAGUGGGAACAAUGUAAAUAAUGAGGAAAACUGUGUAAUUGGGGAGAUGGAGUUGAUAGUUGUGUUGAAGGACGUGAACUUGGACGGGUUCUACAGGAUUUACGUGGGCAUAGUCCUGGAGCCGCACUACCAGGGCAAGUGGUACCAGUUCUGGAAAUCCAAACACUUCUUCUCAUCCACACACAAACACUCACACAUCAUACUCUCACUCUCCAAUCUCAUUCAUCUCUCCAAUUCUGUCAAUGUCAACUCUGUUGGUAGUGUAAACUCUGUGAACUCUGUGAACAGUGUGAGAGAGGGGGAAAACUGGUACUUGAAUGACUUUGUGCCUAAUUUUAUUAAUACCAAGAAUCUACACAUUAACAAUGGGAAAGGAGGAUUAAGUGUGGUUUCGAAUGAUAAGUUGUUGAAUAGCAUAAGACUGAACACCUGGAACCAGUUCUCACACCUCGGAAAUAUACACAAUUUUAAUCUCUCCCUUACUCUCUCUCAGGGAAUUAUCACAAACACUGUGAAUAGUACUGUAGGUACUACUGAGGAUCCGGAAUCUCCUACGGAUACUGUAAACACUAUGAAUACUAUGAAUACUAUGAACAGUGUAAACAGUGUGAAUAGUGUGAAUAAUGUGAAGAUAUCGAGUAGGGAGAUGGAUGAGUUGUAUUUGAUAAAUAUGAGGAGGUAUGUGCAGAACGAGUUUGAGCACAUAGCGAACUUUGACAUCUCGCUGUAUAACCCGUUCAGCGUCUUCAACACACACAACUUUUUCAACACCAACUCCGCUCCCAACCUCAUCAACAACCAAGAUGAUAUCACAACCAUUCUCAAUAUCACCAAAGAUGCGGAAAUGAAGGAUGUGGAUAAUAUUAGGGGUAAUGUGAAUGUACUGAUUGACCAUUUCAAUCCUGUGCAAUCAAACUCAGUUCCUCAGUCACAUGGGAAUGCUGAGGCGGGACCAAGCUCCGUAACGCAGUCAGAGCGGGUGGAAGCCGAGUUAUACAGUAAUGAAAUAGGGAUAAGAGUGAGGCUAACCGGUGAGGAGAAGGACAUGCGAGUGUUAUCCCGUACAACAAACAUUUUGUACAUAGUUUACAUAUUAAAAAGUUUACUCGAGCUCCUGUUGUAUAAUAACCAAUUCAAAAACAUCACAACGCAGUCAGACUACAACAAACUAAGCAUCAUGACCGUCAGCCUCAUGACUUUCCAAGAAGUUUUCGAGAUCUUUCUACUCCUCUUUCACUCCAACAUUUUCUUCUCCAGCCUCAUUUACUUUACUCUUUUAUUAUUCUUGAAGUUCUUUUUGUUGACAGUUGUGCAGCACAGUUUUAUUAUUCUCAUUUGGAGAUCGUCGCAUUCGCAUCAAAUCAGACAAGGAUGGAAUGUACUACAAAAGUCGUUUAGCAUUUUUUAUAGAUAUUACUUCACGUUUAUGACGAUAUUGUUGAUAAUUUGGUAUUAUUACUACAAUAACAAGUCUGUGGUGGUUUGUGUGGUGUAUUUAAUUUGGGUGCCGCAGAUAAUGCUCGAUGUCUGGAACGGCCAAAACAACCCCCUCAACCAUCUUUUUAUACUAUUAAUAAUAGUGCUAAAACUGCUGUUACCAGUUUACAUUUUCUACUUCAAGGAUAAUAUCUUCAAUUUCGAUCUCUUUGACGGGGAUACCAUUAACACCAGCACCACACUGACUUACAUACUAUUACUAUUAUCUCUGUUGCAGAUAGUGGUAAUACUGGUGCAGCGGUUGUAUGGCGCGCGGUACUUGUUUAAUUGGCCGAUACUGCCCAAGAUUUAUUCCUACGUCAGGCCCUGGACCAAGAUCAUGCAAGAUGACUUACAACAAUGCAACAUCUGCAUGUUUCAUAUUCUAUACCAUAACAAGGAUUGGAGUUUAACGCCGUGUGAUCAUAUAUUUCAUAAUAAUUGUUUGAAGGAGUGGAUGGUUAUUAAGCUGGAAUGCCCCAACUGCAGAAGACCAUUACCUCCCAUUAUACAGUAGCGGUGCUCCGUUACGGUGCUUGUAUUCUACUGUGCUUGUACUCUAUUGUAGUUUCUACGGUGAUAUUCUCUUAGUAUUCUCCCUCUUGUGUAUUACUCCGUAACGGAGAACUUACAACUUAGCCCUGAGUGUGUAGUACCUAGGGUUGUACUAUAAUAUAUAAUGUGUUAUUAUAUUUGUAU